GGAGGGAGGAGGAAGACGGACGGAGCAGGGGAGGGCAGCAGAGGGAGGCACACACCGACACCUGGGCUGGGACACUUUGGAGUGCGAAGGGGGACAGGCGGAUCUCGAUGGGGAGGUCUCUGUGAAGCGGCAGCCUACCUGUUGGAGCUCAGUGCGGGAGAGUGCCGUGCCGGAGCCGCGCCGAUCGUGGACCUGUGGAGACGAGACAAAAGCGCCCUGAACAAUGUCUCCAAGACUGUUCCUGUGCGCUGCCCUGGCGGUGUGCCAGUGGACGCAAACCUGCAGCGGAUUUAACGUGGAUGAUCGGUUCCCUGUGAUCAAAGAGGGGGGAGCCAAGGGGAGCUUCUUUGGAUUCUCUGUGGCUCUGCAUCAACAGACGAAGGGCUCCGGAAAGCACCUGCUUCUUACAGGUGCACCCAAAGAGAAAGCCACAUCUUUAAAAAAUGUCAAUGAAACUGGUGCUGUCUACUCCUGUCCCAUUACCACUGACACCGCCGACUGCUCCAGAAUGGACCUGGUCAGCACAACAAAUCCUUCUGAGAUGGUGGAGGGCAUGUGGCUGGGGGUGACAGUGGCCAGUCAGAGGGACCAGCUGUCGGGACGCGUGCUGGCGUGUGGACAUCGGUACGUGAAGAUCAUCCAAAGUGGCACGGAGGAGCAGCGGCGCAUGGUAGGGAAGUGCUACGUAAGGAGUAAUGACCUGACCUAUGACCCAAACGAUGAUUGGCAGACUUACAGUUAUGAGGUCUGCAACCCCAACUUCAACAUGGAGCUCGAGGGCAUGUGUAACAUGGGCAUCUCAGGCGGCAUGACAGACACUGAUGUCUACAUCGGUGCCCCUGGCAGCUUCGUGUGGCAAGGAAAUGUUCAUGUGACAUGGAGAGAUCCGGAUCCACAGAAUGCUUGGGACUCUAUAGGCAAAGGCUUUGGCCAGAUGAAAAGACGAUACAGUUAUAUUGGUUAUUCAGUUCUUGAGGCGAAGAAUCUGUUCAGCCAUGACAACUACAGUGUAGUGACGGGGUCUCCCAGGGACGAGUCCAAGGGCUCUGUGGUGUUCGGGACAAAGACUUACAACGCCAUUGAUCCGGUGCUCAUCAUCCCCGGGGAACAAGUGGGCUCGUACUUUGGAAGCAGCCUGGCUGUCACCGACCUCAACAAUGACGACUGGAAUGACCUGAUUGUGGGUGCCCCCUUUUACUUUGACCGUAUGAACGAUCAUGGUGGAGCCGUGUACAUCUUCAUGAACGAGAAUGGAUCUUUCCAGAAGAAGGCCAGCAUGGUGCUGAAGGGCCCGGCGGCUUCUGGGUUUGGCUUUGCGGUCGCUGCCAUUGGUGAUGUCAAUCAAGAUGGAUUCCCAGACUUUGCAGUUGGAGCUCCAUUCCACGACACAGGGAAGGUCUACAUAUGGAUGGGAAGUAAAAAGGGAAUCUCAGAGAUGCCCAGUCAGGUGAUUCAAGGAAAGGCAGUCGGUAAGGACAUAUUCCAGACUUUUGGCUAUUCCAUCAAUGGAGGACUGGACAUGGAUGACAACGGUUACCCUGACAUCUUAGUUGGCUCACUGGAUGACCGCAUUGCCCUGCUCAGAGCUCGGCCAGUCAUCCACUUAGCCAAGGUCUUCACUGUCGAGCCUAAGAUUGUGGACCAUUUACAGUGUGGAAAAAACCCAUGUAUUACAGCGACACUAUGUAUGUCUUUCACUCUGAGCAAUGGAAACAAAGACUUCAAGAGAAAUAUCACGGUGAAGUACACAGUGAAGGCGGACAUGGAGAGGAGAAGCCCUCGAGUUCGUUUCCAGGACAAUUAUGGUGACUCCUACACCGGCUUCCUGAGUCUGCCCUCUUCCAAGUCCAUGUGUAAAACUCUAACCCUGUUUGUAGUGGAGCCCGUGAAGGACAAACUGGAGCCAGUGGUCUUUUUCCUCAACAUGUCCUUGCAUGAACAAAAACCCAAAUCCAGACGCUCCCUGCAGAACCUGGACUCCUUCCCAGUUAUGAGCCAGGAGCAGAAACUCACCCAGAGAACUGAGAUUAGCUUUCAGAAGGAGUGUGGCACAGACAACAAGUGCAGCAGCAACCUGCAGCUCACAGCCCAGUUCGUUGACGAUGACAAUAAGCCUUACCCAAGGCAUGGUAAAUUCCAGGUACUUCAGUUCAACAGCAAUAUGAAGAUAGUAAGGCUGAUGGUGGAGGUGACUAACUUUGCUACCGGGGGGAAGCUGGGCGAGGACGCCCAUCAGGCCAUGCUCAACAUCACCAUCCCCGACGCACUGAGUUACUCUGGCGUCAGGUCAAUGGACCAUGAUGUGGAAUGCCGUUUGGACACCACAGUGAUUUGUGAGCUGGGUAAUCCACUCAAAGGCAAUGGGAACGUGUCACUUGCCCUCAAGUUUGAGACAACGGGGAUUAAUCUGUACACACAAGAGAUCGAGUCCCAGCUGCUUCUGUCCACUCUUAGUAUACAGAGUGACCUGAAGCCUGUGCCUGUGGCCCUGCUGAUUGAAAACACCAUUCUCCCCUCCUUCUCCACAGUGAACGCCUUGGUGCAAACACAAUUCGGUGGGACAGUGAUGGGCGAGUCAGCCAUGGUGAAAACCAGUGACGUGGGCAGUCUGGUGGAGUUCACCUUCAAUGUGAAUAUGAGGGGGCAGCCGCUGGGAGACCUGGGGACCCUGGCUGUGGAGUUUGAGUGGCCCUUCGAGGUAGCCAACGGCAAGUGGCUGCUGUACCUGACGAAGAUUGUCAUCAAGGGGGAAUCCGAGAUGGAAUGUAACCCUGCUGAAGCAGUUGUCAACGUGCUUAACCUAACUUCGUCAGGGAGUGGACCAAAGCGCACUAAACGGCAGAUCGUGGUGGACGACACGACCCAACCACAAAUCGUUGAGCCGCAGGCUACCAUCUCACUGGUCACUCAUCGGAAAGAGACUUACCUGUUGGAAUGCUCCAAGGGGACAGCAAGAUGCGUGAAGUUCAGCUGCCCACUGCUCAACAUGACAGAUUCAGCCAAGAUUUACGUCCAGUCCCGUUUGUGGAACAGUACAAUGCUAGAGGACUAUUCCAAUGCUCUGAGAAUUACAGUCAGAGGCCAAGCCACACUGAAGCUCAUUACAGAUAAACCAACCAUCAAGAUGGAUAGUCAGACCACCAUGUUCACGGUAGAAAUAGAACCUGUGGAGGGAGUGGAAAUACCAUAUGAGCUCCCACUGUGGAUCAUCAUCUCAGCAGCAGUAGCCGGAAUUGUACUCCUUGGAAUCAUUAUUAUUAUUCUUUGGAAGUGUGGCUUCUUCCAGCGGGCCAGCAGGAGGGAGAUGUAUGAGGCCAAAGCCCAGAAGGCUGAGAUGAAGAUCCAGCCAUCUGAGACAGAGAAGUUGACUGAGGACUACUGAGGCCCCCAUGGGUCCCCAAACAGCACACACCAGUGGGGCUUUUGGCUUGGAUUCUUUAAGCGAGCGAUCUACUACCGGAUGAUGCCAAAGCACCAGGGGGUGAAAAUUCGCAAGGCUGAGCGCUAUCAAUUCAAUCUGGGUUUUCAGCUGGAGGAACCACAGAAAAAGUAUUGGAUCACCAACUGGACAGAGAUGCAGCAUUACUACUACUGAGGCCUUAACUUUGAACCCUGAACCACUCUGUGUCACACUGGCAUGGGCCAAACAAAGAGCACUGGGCUCGGUUGAGCCACAUGGACUUUGCAGUGCACGGACCAUGGAUAAAGCCUUCACUAUGAAACUCUUUGUUUCAAACUUUUUGUUAGAUUUCAUCCACUCUUUCUGUGCAAUAUACUGAAUAUUUUUGUUUCAGAGAUUGUAAUUUGUUAAGUAUUUUUGAAGAAUGCAGUGUUGUAUAUUGGAACUGGGGUUGCAUUCAAGAGUAAUUUGUAAAUUGUUUUGAUUUACGUUGCAGGAUUUUAUGUACUGAACUCUGUUUGCAUGUAUACUAUCAUUUCUUUUCUUUUCUUUUUGAGCAAAGUGAUUGGACAUUCCUAGUGUUUAUUUGCACCAUAUCUGUCUUUCACUCUGAUUGGUUGAUGAGUCGAUUGAUUUUCUCUAUGAUUGUUUCGUGCCCUUCCUGCUCAGGUCCAUUUUGUGGUCAGUGGUUGAAGGCUAAUAAGGCAGACAAGUUUCAAAUGUACAUUAGUCAUUUUUCAGAUCAUUUUCCAACUGCACUUAAAAGAUGUUGACCGGAAUCCAUGUCAGUGUUUUGCAUAGCACUAGCAUCUCAAACGCAGCUGUGGUUAAACUCUCAUUUGCAGAACAUUUUCUAAACUACAUAGAAAUAUUACUUCCCUGGUUGAGGGAAUAUAUACAGACAGGUACGGAGAAAAAGUGGUACUCAGUGGUGAAUAAUAACCUUUUAAAACCCAGCAGGACAGGCUUAAAAUGCCCACAUUAGAUUCCGCUCCAUUAAAGUCAUCCAAUCACCCCAGCAACACAGUAAAAAGAAAUGGUUUUUUUGUUUGUAUAAUCCAACAUUUGAAGAUAAGAUCAUGGGAUCGUUUGAUUAUUAUUUAUUUCAGUGUUUUGCAUUUAUUGCAGGAAUUAAUCUAGCUGGAUAUCUUUGAAUAUAUCACACAUAGCGAGUCGUCACAACACUGGAUUAAAGAACACAUGGUAUUAUAUCUGUCUGGAGCUUUGACAUUAUAAGCUUCAGCAUGGAUAGUUAUCAUAAAUACAAUCAUGAAUUGCAUAUGUUGACAAGUUAUGAUAAAUUAACUAUUUGAGUCAAUGAAUAUGCCAUUUGCAUUUGCUGUUUCACCGUCCCUAAGCUUUGUACUUUUGUCCGUAAAAUGAGACUCGGAUUAUUUCCGAGACACUGUUGCCAACCUGCAGCUCUGGCGAUAAACAGGAUCAGAAGAAGACAAGUCACUGAACCAUCUCUGAAGGGACUAAGUGUUGCAUUACUGCUGUAGUCCACGCUACCUGAGAGCCCACAGCUACUCUGUUGCGGCUGUGGCUAUUACAGAGGCUCCAUUGACUCUGUGAGUAAAGAGGGAAGGGCUGAAACCAAUGCACAAACUCUAUUCUCUCUGUGGUCUUGUUAUUAUUUUGUUUUGUUUUUUUAACUGUACAGUUUCAAUGUAAUUAAAUUGUUUUUCACAAUCUGUGGAGUUCAAUUGUGACCAUGA